AUGAACAGACAAUUCAUUCGCCCACUCACUCAAUCUUUUAAGAGACUAUCAACCUCAACUCGUUUCAGUUCAAGUUAUUCCAAACCUUUAAAAAAUGGAUUUUUAACAAACCCUUUGUUAUUCUCUGGUGCUUUAAUUGGUGGUUCCAUUUUCACUUAUUAUUGUUUUGAUUCCAAAUCAUCAAUCCAUGAAUACUUCAUCUGUCCAUUGAUUCGUAACUUGACAGAUGCUGAAGAUGGUCAUAGAUUAGGUGUAUUCUUGAUGAGUUGGGGUAUAUCACCAACUUUACGUAAUGAUAAAGAUGAUGAGAUUUUACAAACCGAAGUAUUGGGUAAGAAAUUGAGUAAUCCAAUAGGUAUUGCAGCUGGGUUGGAUAAGAAUGGUGAGAUUAUUGAUCCGUUAUUUGAUGUUGGGUUUGGUUAUGUGGAGAUUGGUUCAAUAACUCCUGAACCUCAACCUGGUAAUCCAAAACCAAGAUUUUUCAGAUUGCCUAAAGAUGAUGCUGUUAUUAAUAGAUAUGGAUUCAAUUCAAAUGGUCAUGUUGAUGUUGUUAUUAGAUUAAAGGAAAGAUUGGAGAAAUUUUUCAGAAAGAAUCCUCAAGUUGUUAAUGUUAAUAAUUCUCUAAGAGAUGGUAAAAUCUUGGGUAUCAACCUUGGUAAGAAUAAAACAGGUGAUGAAGUGCAAGAUUAUUUAAAAGGUGUUGAAAAUUUCAACGAAUUUGCAGAUUUCCUAAUCAUUAACGUUUCUUCACCAAACACUCCAGGCUUAAGAAAUUUACAAGGUGAAUCCAAAUUAACAAACUUGUUAACCGAGAUUGUCAACAAGAGAGAUCAAUUAUCAAUUAAUGCUCAAGCUAAAACUCCAAUCCUUGUCAAGAUUGCACCUGAUUUAAACGAAUCAGAAAUCCAAUCAAUUGUCAACUCUGCUAAGAAAUCCAAAAUCAACGGUAUAAUAGUGUCAAACACCACGAUCCAAAGACCAUCAACACUGAAAUCAUCAUCCACAUUAACUGAACAAACUGGUGGAUUAUCAGGUGCUCCAUUGAAACCAUAUUCAUUAAAAGCCUUAAGAACAGCAGCUAAAUACACACAGGGUAGUGAUUUAAUUCUUGUUGGAUGUGGUGGUAUCUCCACAGGUGCUGAUGUCUUGGAGUUUGGUAAAGCUGGUGCUAAGUAUGUUCAAUUGUAUACUAGUUUUGCUUAUAAAGGACCUGGGUUAGUUUACAAGAUUAAAAAGGAAUUGACUGAAGAGUUGCAAAAAGAGGGAAAGACAUGGGAAGAGAUUGUUGGAAGUGAUUUAAAGAAAUGA